GUAUUUGAUGUCGAUUGAAGCCUAUUAAUUGUAUAAAUCUAGGGAUCUAAUUAACAUGCGGUAGUAUCUGCGAAUAGAAACUGCAUUUCUAAUAAAUACCACACAUGUCCAAAAAUGUCCAUGUCUACAUACAAGAUGCGUCUUUGAAAGCAACAUCAUAUGAAACACACGCUUUACCAGAUCGCCAGAACCAGGCUUAUUGGCUUUUUUUUUCGAUGUAUGGCGCAUGGUUGUUUAACCAACAGUUACCCGACCGUAGCUCUGACUUAAUAAAUAAUUAAAGUGGACGGAGGGGAGCUGCAGCUGAUUUGCUGAUGUCAGGGAGCCAGUGCAGCAUUUCAUGGUGCAGGGUGUAAACGCGCGGUGCCAUCUGCCUCGAUCGGUGCUCUCAGAAAACCUCACACAUGCAAGCCCGGCAAGAAAGAUGCUGCCAACUCUUAAGAUUUGGGCAUUAUUUUUUGUGUCGCUGUGCUGCCUGUCUCAGCCGGGUCAUAUGAAGAAGCCUUUCCGAUGUCCUUCAACAUGCAGCUGCUCCAAGGAGUCUAUCAUUUGCGUCGGGUCUAAUUAUGUCCCCAGGAUUAGCCCCAACGACAUCAAUUCUUUGAGUAUCGUCAAUGGGACUUUCUCUGAGGUCAAAGAGGCAAUGUUUUCUCACAUGCCAUCUCUUCAGCUACUGCUUCUGAAUUCCAAUUCUCUCACAACUAUACGGGAUGAUGCAUUCUCAGGCCUUCCACAUCUGGAAUACCUGUUCAUUGAGAGUAAUAAGGUAGAGACUACAUCCAAAUAUGCCUUCAGAGGACUCAGGGAUUUGACGCACUUGUCUCUGGCAAACAACAACAUCAAAGCCCUUCCUAGGGAUCUCUUCAUUGACCUGGACUCACUGAUAGAGCUGGACCUGCGAGGUAAUGCCUUUGAGUGUGACUGCCGUGCCAAAUGGCUGAUGAUGUGGCUGAAGAACACCAAUGCCACAGUGUCGGAUGUCGUGUGUGCUGGACCUGAGGACUUGAAGGACAAGCGCCUCAAUGAUAUGGCCAGCUUGCACAAUGAGUGCAUCUCAACGGAUUUCGCCCUUCAUCAGUCCGUGGCAUCGGAGUCUCUGUCUGUUGACACAUUCAGCUAUAAGGAUGAUGUCUAUGUGGCUAUUGCUGCUCCCAGUGCAGAGAGCUGUAUGAUUUUCCAGUGGGACCACAUAGAAAUGAACUUCAGGACUUAUGAUAACAUAACAGGUCAGUCCAUUGUGGGUUGCAAGUCACUUGUUAUCCAGGACCAGGUAUUUGUCAUUGUUGCUCAACUCUUUGGUGGUUCCCACAUCUACAAGUUCGAUGAGGAUCAAAGCAGGUUCAGCAAGUUCCAGGAAAUUGAGGUGUCCAAGAUAUCCAAACCCAAUGACAUUGAGGCAUUCCAGAUUGGCUCUGACUGGUUCUUUGUCAUUGCUGACAGCUCAAAGGCAGGCCUGUCCACUCUCUACAAAUGGAAUGACAAAGGUUUUUAUUCCUACCAGUCGCUGCAUGAGUGGUACCGUGACACAGAUGCAGAGUUCUUGGACUUGGAUGGGAAGGCCCACCUUAUCUUGGCAAGCCGCUCACAGGUGCCUGUAAUCUACCAGUGGAGCCGGAGCAACCAGAAAUUUGUCCUACAUGGCGAGAUCCCCAAUAUGGAGGAUGUAGUAGCUGUGAAGCACUUCCGGAUCAAGGAGGACCUCUACCUGGCUAUGACGCGCUAUAUUGGUGACUCCAAAGUUCUACAGUGGAGUCCCAAACAGUUUGCAGAGAUUCAGGCUUUACCUUCAAGAGGCUCCAUGAUUCUCCAGCCGUUCUUUUUCAAAGACCGCUACUACCUGGCCCUGGGAAGUGAUUACACCUUCUCACAGAUGUACCUGUGGGAUGAUGAGAAGAAACUCUUUGAUCGCUUCAAGGAGGUAUACAUCCAGGCACCGCGGUCUUUCACUGUGGUUUCCACUGACCGUAGAGACUUCAUCUUUGCCUCUAGCUUUAAGGGAAACACACAGAUCUUUGAGCACAUCAUCAUUGAUUUGAGCUUGUGAGGGGUUGUGCCUUAUUACCCCUCCUGCAAUCGAACGUCUUCCACUAAAAAGAUACAGCCAUGAAGGAAAAAGUAAGGAUGAGAACAGACUUCAUGAACUGUUCAUUCCUGUGUAGUUUUUUUUGCCACAAAUAGGAGCUCAAUCAAGUAGUAUUUGGAUUCCUUUUAUUUUGAGCUCAUCUUGACUGUGUCUCAAUGGCCUUGUCCUAUUAUCUGUUCUCAUGGUAUCUCAGACUUUCAGAGGUUCUACCAUUUCGGAAAGGCUGUCAGUCAAGAGGAGGGACAAUUGGACAAGGCUGCUGGUAUUGUCUUAAAAAUCCAGCUUACAUUCCUGAGGUCGGAAAUAUUUGAAAUAUGAUUUGAGCUGUUUGGAUGUAUAGAUUUUGCAAUGGCAAGUUUGGAUAUCCCUUGUGCUAAUGGUUUUAUAUGAGGAAAAAAUAUAGAUUAGGACCUGAGAAAGAUCAUAUUACUAGUUUUGUUUUACUCUAAUUUGGGGUAACUGAGGAUGAAACGGGUGUGGCUUCUCAUGUAUGUACCACUUACCUCAUGUCCUCCAACCCUGUGGUAAUGUACUGUAUGUUGCCUUAUCAGCGCUGGGGUUCUGUGUUCUGAUGGGCCUACAGUGCCUCCCUCUGGCCAUGAUAAAGUAUCACACCCCUUGCUUUUUCCAUACAGGGAAUGUCUUGAAAGCACAAACCUUUAACUAGAUACCAGUCAUUAGAGUGUAGUUGUUCAGUGGUAAAUAUUACUGUAGGUGCUGUAGAUUAUAUGGCAUACAGUUCAAACAAAAGUGGUUUGUUGUUUAAGAAGGUUAAAUAUUCAGGACUGGAUAUAGAUAAUGC